AGAGGAUUUCAACGUGGCUACCCAUGUCUUCCCAGUGUGUGUAAAUUCUUUCAAAGUUGUGCGAGCUUCUGUUAGAACGCGGUAAAGCUGCCUCUAUCGUCAGGUAGCACAUUGUUUUGUAUCUUGAACGUGUUCUUCCGGUCACCUUACAAGCGCUAUUGUUCGACAUGUUAGCGGUUUGAACCGCUAGCACGGACCAAAUUCACGUGUUUGCCAGCCUCCCCUGCUCGUGCUGAGAAGCCACCUGCGGGUGGUUCUCCUUUUUGUAGAAAAUGGGUGAGUUUAAGGUGCACCGCGUUCGUUUCUUCGACUACAUGCCCAGCUCUAUCCGAGCCAUGGCGUUCAAUUGCCGCACCGAGAGGCUCGCAGUGGCCCGGGCUGACGGAACAGUGGAGGUCUUUAACUUCACUGACAACUACUUCCAAGAGAAGGUGAUCCCCGGUCGGGAUAAUGCGGGCAUUGAGGCUCUGUGCUGGGUGGGUCAACGCCUCUUCAGUGCUGGUUUGCGUGGAGAGAUCACGGAGUAUGACCUGGAGAACUUGCAGCCCAAGUGCAGCGUGGAUGCCUAUGGGGGUCCAAUCUGGACCAUCAGCUGCAACAGCAUGGGAACACUGCUGGCGGUUGGAUGUGAAGAUGGGACAGUGAAGAUAUUUGAAAUACUGGAGGACAGAAUUCAGUUUCAGAGGAGCUUUGACAGGCAGAAAUGUCGUAUCAUCAGUCUUUCCUGGCAUCCCUCUGGCAAGCUGCUGGCUGCUGGUGUGAUGGACAUGAUUCGAAUAUUUGAUGUUGAGACUGGUCACAGCAUUCACAGAAUGCAUGUUGAAAGACUUGUGGGAGCUUCCAAAAGCAGGGAGGUUGUCGUUUGGAGUAUCGUCUUCUUAUCUAAUCACACGAUCAUUAGUGGUGAUUCUGCCGGAAAGGUCCAGAUGUGGGACGGAAUUACAGGAACACUAGUCCACACUCACCUCGUCACCAAGUGGGACGUGCUUGCUCUUUCUGUCUCCCAGGAUGAAAGCAGUCUCAUAGCCGGUACAUCAGAAGGCACUGUGGUCCAGUUCCAGUUUCUUUCUCGCACCGUCAACCAACAGGAUAAGGACUGGGUCCGAACCAGAACCUUUAAAAACCACACACACGAUGUGAGGGCGCUGGUUCACACUGAGAUUUCUGUUGUUUCUGGAGGUAUGGAUACCCAGGUCGUAGUACGACCCCUGCUGGAUAAGGUGGAAAAGAACACCCAAGAGUCGGCUCUACGUAAAAUAGUCUUCCCUCACAGGAGUCUCGUGUGUUGUGCUAAGAAGUUGGGCCUGCUGCUGUUCCAGUUCUCUGAUCAUCUUGAGCUGUGGAGACUAGGAGAAAGUGAGGGGCAGGGAAGGCCCGGUGAGAGUCUACUUGUGAAGAGGAAACCAGAGAAACUAAUUCAUCUGAAAAGGAAGGGCGAAGAUCAUAUCCGGUGCAGUGCUCUGUCGCCAUGCGGAGAGUGGCUGGCGUACUCGACUGUUUCCAGCGUUCGUCUUUACAUGCUACAGAUCGACAACAACAACAUUCGUAUCACAAAGGUUUCAAAACUACCCAAGAUCCUGAACUCAGCCCAGCAGCUUUGCUUUUCUUCAGAUUCCACCAAACUCUUUGCAACCUGCAGCCAGUCAUCGGUCAUUGUGGUUUCUCUCAGCCAGUCCGAGUGCAAAUAUGUUCACACCCUCAACCCUCAGCCAGCUUCCAGACACCCAGUCCACCUGUUGCAUGCAAGUGAUGACGGCAAUUGGCUCGUUACAGCCAACACAGGCUUUGAGAUCCACGUUUACAACCUUCAAAAGCUCAAGCUUCACUGCACAGUGCCGGUGUACAGCUCCUGUCCCACCGCCUUGGCCAUCAACCCCACCACCAGAAACCUCAUCACAGCGCACGCUGACCAGCAGAUAUUUGAGUUCUCUCUAGUGCAAAAGGAAUACACCGAUUGGAGUCGCAAGCUACAGAAACAAGGGCUGCACCCUCUGUGGUUGCAGAGGGACACGCCCAUCACCCAUGUCACCUUCAAUCCCAAGAACUCUGCUCAUAUUCUUCUGCACGAUGUGUUUAUGUUCUGCAUCGUCGACAAGAGCCUGCCCCUCCCUGAAGCAAGGUCUCAGCUCUCCAACCAAAUGACACUCAGGAGUCUUCCGGAGUCAGAGAGAAUGAGACACAGCCACGCAUUCAAGAUAUGCAAAACCUUUCAGUACCUCUUGAGUUUGACUCUGCUGGAUGACCAGUCCCUAGUUGUGGUGGAGCGCCCGCUGACGGACAUCCAAUCUCAGCUGCCUGCACCCGUACGACAGAAGAAGUUUGCCACAUAAACAAAAGCACAGAAAAACAGCUUUUGUCCGGCUUGCCGCGACAGAUCUCAUGAGUCAAAGAGCUGUUUGUCGGACCACAUCCAAAAAUAGCCGAAGGUUUCCACUUUGUUAAAGCGUUUUGAUAAAUAAACAAUCCAACUGUU